GCAUCUCGGCUGCUCUCGGAGAGAGAACUGCGCUGCUGCUGCUGCAAGCGAGCGAGCGAAGAGCCCUCCCGGCCGCCAUAUUGGUGCCCGCGCCGCAGCUAUUGCGUGUUUGUCCCUGCAGCGCCAGCGGAGCCUGCCCUGGGGCGGCCCAGCGGAGCAAGGGAGGAGCCCCCUUCCCUUACCCGACUGCCCGCCCGCCACCCCGCCGCCGCCAUGGCGACAAGGCCCGAAGGCCUCUGAAGGAAACCGGCCGCCGCCGCCGCCACAGCAGGGAGCAGAGCCGCCGUCCCCCCUCCCGCUCAGCUCGUCGCCAGCCUCUUCCCUCCGCCACAACAUGGAGGCCGUGAAAGCCUUCAACAGCGAGCUCUACUCGCUGAAUGACUACAAACCUCCUAUUUCAAAGGCUAAAAUGACACAGAUUACUAAGGCAGCAAUCAAGGCUAUAAAGUUCUACAAGCAUGUUGUACAAAGUGUUGAAAAAUUCAUACAAAAGUGUAAACCAGAAUACAAGGUGCCUGGCUUAUAUGUCAUUGACUCUAUUGUUCGACAGUCUCGACAUCAGUUUGGACAAGAAAAGGAUGUGUUUGCUCCUAGGUUUAGCAAUAACAUAAUUAGCACUUUCCAGAAUUUAUACCGUUGCCCUGGGGAUGACAAGAGUAAAAUUGUGAGAGUGCUAAAUUUGUGGCAGAAGAAUAAUGUGUUCAAAAGUGAAAUUAUCCAGCCUCUAUUGGAUAUGGCAGCGGGAAUUCCUCCUCCAGUCGUGACCCCUGUCUUGCCUGGGACAACUGCUACUAUGAGUAACAAUACACCAGGAACGCCUGUGACACCUGCUACACCAGCCAAUGUGGUCCAAAGUUUACCUGAUCCUUGGGUGUCUCAGAUAACUAAUACAGAUACUCUUACUGCUGUAGCACAGAUCUUGCAAAGUCCACAAGGCCAACAGCUUCAACAACUAAUACAGACACUGCAAAUGCAACAGCAGAAACCACAGCCAUCAUUACUUCAAGCACUGGAUGCAGGUCUCGUCGUUCAGUUACAAGCCCUCACUGCGCAACUUACAGCUGCUGCCGCUGCUGCCAAUACACUUAACCCACUAGAACAGAGUGUCUCUUUUAACAAGAAGCUGAUGGAUAGGUUUAGCGAUUUUGGUGAAGAAGCUGACAUUAAUGAAGAACCUAAAAAAGAAACUCAAACUUCCCAAAUGCCUCUUGUAUCUGAAUCUGUGAACAACUCACUUUUUCACCAACUAGCUGAACAGUUACAGCAACAAAACCUAGAACAUCUCCGCCAGCAGCUUCUGGAGCAGCAACCUCCAAAGGCAAGUCCUGAGGAAACACAAGAAGGGAAUUUUGGUUCUGAGCAUUCAGCAUCACCUUCACAAGACAGCAGCCACCAACAGUUUUUAGAAGUAGAAACAAAUAUUGACAAUUCAAUGGAUGUUCAACAACAGGACAUGGACAUAGAUGAAGGUCAAGAAGUUGUAGAACAAGAGGUAUUUGAGCAAGAGGAAAAGAAACCUGUAGUUCCUUCAAGAUCAAGAACACGUUCAAGAUCCCGCUCAAGGUCUCCAAGAAAAAGAAGGUCCAGAUCACGAUCUGGCUCUAGAAAGCGUAAGCAUAGAAAGCGCUCGCGCUCUAGAUCAAGGGAAAGGAAGAGGAAGUCCUCCAGGUCCUACUCAAGUGAAAGAAGAGCUAGAGAGAGGGAAAAAGAACGACAGAAAAAAGGGUUGCCUCCUAUACGGUCAAAAACACUAAGUGUCUGCAGUACUACACUUUGGGUUGGUCAGGUGGACAAGAAAGCCACCCAGCAAGAUUUAACCAAUUUAUUUGAAGAAUUUGGACAAAUAGAAUCUAUAAAUAUGAUCCCUCCCAGGGGCUGUGCGUAUGUCUGUAUGGUUCAUAGACAAGAUGCGUAUCGUGCUCUUCAGAAACUAAGCUCUGGAUCCUACAAGAUUGGAUCUAAAAUUAUUAAGAUUGCAUGGGCUUUAAACAAAGGUGUGAAAACUGAAUACAAACAAUUUUGGGAUGCAGAUGUUGGAGUUUCAUAUAUACCUUGGGAAAAAGUUAAAUUGGAUGAUUUAGAUGGCUUUGCAGAAGGAGGCAUGAUUGACCAGGAAACAGUAAAUAGUGAAUGGGAAACUGCAAGAAGCUCAGAGACCACGAAAGAGCCUGUGCAAACAACCCAGACUACAACAGUUGACAAGACCACAGCCGUAACAACCCAAACAGAAACUUACACGCAGUCUGUCACUAUGCUACAGAUUCCUGUAGCUCCAUCUGUGCCAGCAGUUAGUUUAGUACCACCAACAUUUCCUGUUACAAUGUCUGUCCCUCCUCCUGGCUAUAGUCCAAUUCCUCCACCUCCCUUCAUGAGAGCAAGCUUCAAUCCUUCACACCCACCUCCUGGUUAUUUGCCUCCCCCAGUUCCACCACCUGUUCCACCGCCGGUAGUUCCAACCCCUCUUGUACAGUCUUCGCUACCAAUUGCUCAAGAGUCAAUGAAAGAUUAUAGCAACCUUGCUCUACCAGUUGGCACUGUUUCUAGUAGUCUUACUACCCCAACUUUAUCUUCUGGAAGUGUUUUUACUCCUCUGUCAAGUAACAAGUCAGAUUUAGAUGAAAAGGGAUCCCAUCUUGCAGAUCUUCAGAUUUCAUCAAGUGAAAACAGAGCUGUUCCAGAUGAUGUUUCAAGCAGUUCUGGACUUACUGGGGGAAUGCAGCCACCAAGUGUCUCAACCAGUUCGGGGCUUGUAGGGGGAAUACAGCCACCUAGUGUCUCAAGUAGCUCUGGGCUUGUGCAGCCAGCCAGUGUGUCAAGCAGCUCUGGACAUUUGACAAGAGUUCAGCCACCUAAUGCUUCAAGCAACUCUGGGCUUUUGACGGGUGUCCAGCCUCCAAGUGUCUCAAGCAGCUCUGGACUUCUGGCAGGACUCCAGCCCAUGACUGUCUCAAGCAGCUCCAGCCUUCUAAUGGGACUCCAGCCACCCAUAGUGUCAAGUAACUCUGGGCUUUUGUCAGGAGUCCAGCCACCUAUUGUGUCAAGUAGUUCUGGGCUUUUGGCAGCACUCCAACCACCUAUUGUAUCAAGCAACUCUGGGAUUCUAGGAUUGCCACCACCGAUUGUCUCAAGUAGUUCUGGACUAUUAGGAUUACCACCACCAAAUAUUUCAAGUGGCUCUGGACUUUUAGGGUUACAGCCACAUGCUGGAAUUCAAAAUGUACCCCAUUUAACUAUUGCUAGUCAAAGGUUGCCUGGAAUGCCUCUAGUAGAUAUCCGCUCAGGACUAAUGCCACAGCCCCCUGGGCCACGAUUUCCUCUCCUGCAGCCUGGAAUACCACUACAGCAUAGCAUUCCUCCUCCAGCAAUCCUUGACCCAUCCCUUCCUCCGCCUAGAGCUUUCCUUUCAGGAGAUUUGUUUACUCAAACAGAGAGACCAUUUGGAACUACCGGUAGACAAAGUGUUGAUAACAUGUCUAAUCCAGAUAAAAGGUUGGCACUUGGAGAUGACAGCAUUCAGCAAGAAGGAGAUAGAGACUAUCGCUUUCCUCCAGUGGAAAAUAGGGAGAACAUUAAUCGGACCUCUUCAGUGGAUAUGAGGGAUUCAGUUGGAAGGCCACCACUAGAUCCAAGAGAAAGUCUAGGAAGACCUCCAGUAGAUGGAAGAGAACAUCUUGCCAGGCCACACAUAGAUUUAAGAGAAAACUUUGGAAGACCAGGCAUGGAAGGACUUGGUAGGAGAGACCAUUUUGCUUUCAAUUCAGAUAAGCACUGGGGACAAAGAGGAGAUUUUGAUGAAAGAGAGCAUCAUUCAUUUCCUACAUUUGGUGGUCUUAAAGGCUUCCAGGAAGACCGAGAAAGGUAUCGUCAAACAAACUACAGAUUUGAAAAUCGAAGUGGCCCAGCUUGGAACCGGGGACUUGAGCAAGACACUCACAGAGACUUUGAUGAUCGCCGAAGACCUUGGGAAAGGCAGAGGGACAGGGAUGACAGAGAUUUUAAUUUUGGCAGAGAAAUUAAUGGAAACAGAUUUGGGAGAGAGAGAAUACAGAACAACUGGAUACCCCCUCCACAUCCAAGAGCAUUUGAAUUUUUUGAAGGUGGCACAUCUCAACAAAAGACUGACAGUGUGCCCCAAGUUAAUGGUGAAAAUGCAGAGACAGAGAGUCAGCCACCUGCAGCGCAAGUACAGGGUGAACCAGAACUUUAUGAAAAGCUGGCAACUUCAAGUGACACAAAAAAAGAGAAGAGUGACACAGAAGCUGAAUUAGAAAGUGAACCAGUGGUAGAAAGCACAGAAACUGAGGGGACAUAAUCAUCACUCAGUAGAAUGGAAACCUGUACACUAUUGUCUGUUGAUAUACAUUAAAAAUGCUCCAGACUGUUGAUGGUCUGGCUGUUAAAAUGGAUUCAGAUUCAUUGGACUUUCACAUUUUAAGGUAAUUUUCAAAUUGUAGUGAAGGAAUUGGGUCACUUUUAUUGACACACCAGUGUGAUCCUGCAUGUAAUCCUGAAGGGUUUUUGUGUGCUAAUCUGGAAUAAUGUAAUAGGUUGAAUGUCUUUGCCUUUCCCUAUUUUGGGAGAAAGAUUGUUAAAUAUUCUUGCUGGAACUGGUGUUAUCCAGAUUCCAUCGGUCUGGAUGUUUGUCAAGUGCUAGAUUCUGGAUAGAAAGUUUGGCCUAAGUGAUGAGCUGUGUUAGGCAAUUCUGCAGGUCUUUAAGACUUUAGCAGUUAAAAUAAUGAAUGUAGCAACACUGGUAUUAGUAUUUAACUGAUUAGAAUCUAUACAUCAAUACAAUUGCAUACAGAAUGGUAUAUUUGUGAGUACUGUCGCUUAUUAUUGGAAUAGGCUAAGUAAGAAAGACAAGACUCCUGCCUUUUAUUAUUCAACAAUAUGUAUGUUUUCAACCAAAGGUUUUAGUUAUGGUUAAAUUAGUCUGAGUUGUGGCAUUCUGUUGAGACAAAAUUCAAAAAUUGGGAUCCAAGUCUGGUCUCUGAGUCUUCUAGUUGAAAGGAUCUGUUUUGUUCUUUGUGAUGCUAGCUAGAGUCAAUAGCUUUAGUAAGUGGAAUUAUGUAGUGACUAAUCUGUCAAUUAGAUCAUCAGCUUUAAUGGCAAACUAAAGUUUCCCACCCAGAUUGUUUAGUAACGUUGAGGAAGUGUUGCUGGACAGAUCUUUCUUCCCUGUUAUUUUGUACCCACACAUAGCAGAUAUUUUGCAUUUUAGGUUGAAAUUGCUAAGGGCUUUCUUAGUAAUAUGACACAAUCAAGUGAAGCAACUGGCAGUAUUCUUUCACUGAUGGCAUAAUGGCUUUUAGCAUGUUAAUUUUGACUGUGAUGUGGUGUUAUAAUAGGAAAUAUAUUCCAGAUUCCCAAAUAGGUAGAGAAAAUAUUUUGCAAGUUUAAUUGAUCAAUAAAAUUAUUCUCCUACAACUCAAUACUUUGACAUCACUGCAUGAGGAUUAAUUAUAAUAUGUUGUUUCAUUCUGUUUAAAAUAAGCUAACUCAUAUUGACCACGAAUACACAUGGAAUAUUACAGCUGACAGUCCAUCCAGUAUUUUGCAGUUUCUUAGGAAAAUGCAUUGACAAUCCCCGGAAAGUAAAUUCUGUUGGUUAAAAUUGAUCUUCACUCAGUGACUACAUUUGAACAUACAUAAAUUAUCUCGACAUCUGAUAGGCAUGGUUCUGAUUCUGUUGCAGUUCAUAAACCUGUAAGUCAUCAGUAACACUUUGCAUAGUUCCUAUAAUUAACGUAAAAUCAUGUCCUCAUAAUCAGAACUACUUUAAACAAAGCGUAUAUUUGGAUUAUUCAUCUAAAACCUCUUGUUUCAAAUCACAAGUGAUUAAGCCAGUAGACUUAUUUUUUUAAAUAUGUAAGCUGUUUUAAGACAUCAGUCAGAUUAUUUAAUAAUAAAACUUGACUUUCUUUGUUUCCUGGUUAUUACUCUUAUAGCAUUGUUUGUUCAGAACUAACUCCAUUGAGUUCAGUGGGGAUUGCAGUCUUGGCAUUCAAUGAAAUUUAACCUCGGGGGCUUGUGCUUGUUCACUUUUAAAAUAAGCUAUCUUGGUCUUAUUUAUGGAGUACAGCUGAUAAGUUUUUGCACUCCCUACAAAUGUGAUUUUCAGAAAUGGCAUUUUGAAAAUGAUAAGCAGAUAUAAUUGUUCUUGAACAGUUUCUCAGGCAAGGAAGAACUGAGCUAGUUUACCUCUGAAACCCACAAUUUCUGAAAUUUUUACUUUUGAAAGCUCUUUUGCUUUUUACCUCACUUUUCUCCACUUGGUCCUCAUGUUUGUUGUAAAUCAUACCCAACCAUGGAACGACCUGAAAAGUGAAAAUGAUGUAACAGCAAUUUUCUCAUGCUAAGCACCGAAUAACCUUUGUGUAUUUGUACUUUUGAAACACUGCAUAUUUUUGUAACAGAUCAGUUCUUCAGUUUAUCAUGAAGCUUGGGAUUGGACCUUUAGAAGCAUGGAUAGAUGGAAAAUUUACAAUCCCAAGCUAGAUUUCAAAGCUUGUGUAAGCAUGCAACAUUUCUUGUGUUUCCCUUUCCUGUCCACUUCAGUGCAGACAGACAUUAAAACUACUGUAGAGUUAAAUACAUGGCAUGCAAACAGCCCCAGAGACUUAGGGAAGAAUGGUGCGUAGUACAUGCUGGAUCACCUGAUUCAGGACUUCAAAGUAUAUAUGGGAUAAAGUAUCCUAUUUGUUGGAGUAGUCACAGGUGUUUUUCUGCCAGACGUCAAGCGACUCUAAAAUAGAAUUAGUUGUAAGUGUUGCUGCUGUCCCACAAAGUUACACAUGGUGACAAGAUGGAGCAAAUGGUGAAUGGAAAUUACUCUUAUUUGAAUUCUGCCAAAAAAAUACUUUCAUUAACAUGAACCCAGCGUAGGGCAUUUUUGGUCCACAGGCAUAAUUAGGUCCACCAGGCCACUGUAGCCAAGCAACACCCACCAGUGCCAUUAUAUGAUGCCAGUUGUAGGACAGGUAAGGAUGUAGCUGUCAGGCUUCUGACAUGCUAUGCAAGAGGCUUGUGAAACUGUGUUGCACUUAUGCACAGCUGAUUGCUGCACUUACGGAGCACUAUGCAUAGCAAAGCCCCUCAUAGUGCUUUUCAUGGGCUACACCUUUACCCACAUGGUUUGAAAGUAAGUUGUGAGCAAAAACAGGUCACCUGAUGUCAAAGCAUCAGAUGAUUAACAGCUAGGGCGCCUCAUCCACCUGUCAGACUUGGCCUGUGGGUGGUGGGCUGAGGGAGAUAACAAUCUGGCCUACUAGUCAGAUCCAAUUCCUCACCCAUGAUGUAAAGUAAUAAAAGUGCAUAUAAAUGUGUACUAAAUAAAGCAUACAUUUAUUUCCAUCAAUUUAAAGGUCUUGGCUGAGAUAAAUGCAUGAAUUUUUGCAGUCAAACAUGCAGCUGUUUAAUUUUCAUAACAAUGCUCAUGUUCAAUGCAGCAGCAAAUGCAUUAAAACAUUGAAAAUCACAACUCCAGUUAAAAA